AUGAGGAUCUCUACCGUUUUGGGGCUGAUAGCCCUAGUAAUACAGGAGACAGAGGCUAUGCCACCCAGAAUAGAAGGAGGGAGAAAGCAAGAGCAACCACAAGAUGAAGGAACAUCCUAUGAUAAUCUAGAACUGGGGAGCUAUGACCCAAAUCUGGAUAAUUAUGACCUGAGCAACUAUGAAGAAAGAGCUAUAAAGAAUGACUAUGGAGACCCGACCCCAAAGUCUAAAGUGGACACCUUGAUCCCCUCUACCAUGAGUGUCUCCACCAAAAGAGUGAUGGCCACCAUGGCCCCAAGAACAUGGACUUCAGCCACCAAGCCUUCCAUAACUGAUCUGCUUAACUUGCUGACUGCUAUGGGAUUGCCCACCUGCUUGGUCUGCGUGUGCCUUGGUACCUCUGUGUACUGUGAUGAUGCUGACCUGGAGCGUAUCCCUCCUCUGCCUCAAGAGACAACUUAUUUCUAUGCCCGCUUUAAUCAUAUCAGCCGUAUCCAGUCAGAAGAUUUCAAAGGGCUAAGAAAAUUAAAGCGUAUUGACCUCACCAGCAACUCCAUCUCCACCAUUGAAGAUGAUGCUCUCCAGCUGCUACCUGCCUUACAGGAACUGAUCAUGCCUGAGAACAAGCUGAUAUUUCUGCCCAAGCUCCCUGGCAGUCUCGUGAGACUGGAUGCCCAGUUCAAUAACCUUCGAGGCUCAGGGAUCCUACCAGACAGCUUUAAAGAACUGAAGAAGUUGGAGUUUCUCUACCUAUCAGACAAUGAGAUGGACUACAUCCCUGUGCCCCUACCCUCAAGCCUUCGUUCUCUGCACUUGCAGAACAAUCACAUCCAGAAGAUUCAGGAAGGCACCUUCUGUGAUGCAGAGGACCACAAGUAUGUCCGAAGGGUCCUAGAAGACAUCCGCCUAGAUGGCAAUCCCAUCAACCUAAGCCUCACUCCUAAUGCCUAUUUCUGCCUGCCCCGACUCCCCAUAGGCAGCUACAUUUAA